CGCGCAUAAGAGAGGGAGACUGUAUGUACUAUAGCAUCAGUAUGUGACUGCUGGUGCCUGAUAACAGUGAUACCUAGCUCCUUCAGUGGACAACUCGCUGAGCUACCUUUUUGCAUUUGCAAGAGGAUGCCAGCUCUAAGCCGGUACAACUGAUAACAGACUGGACCUUGGAAUAGUUCAUUUUAUUUAUAAUUGCAUCUCUUAAUGCUCUGCAUGUCUGAAGAAGAGGCUUAUUACAGAAGACAAAAAUUCAUCCUGUCCCCUUAGCUCACAUAGUACUGACGAUAUACAGAGUUUGAUCUUCCAGAGUGGCAAGACUGUUUGACAGAACGCGUUUCUAACCUCGGCUACUCAUCAACUCGUGUUGUGAAAUGAGCAGAACAUGAAUUUUAUUUGAAAUAAGCGGAGAGGAGAGAUACAAUCUGCUGGGUAGAGCAAUGGUCUGGAGUUGAGAAAACAAGCAGCUAAAGAGGCAGUAGGUUUGAUUUGGCAAGUUGUUUGGAAAAGGAGUGGAGAAGUGCCCUGUAACCACUGAACAAUAGAAAAUGGUCGGCUGUGGAGCUCUAUUGUGAAGACCUCAGAAGAAAUAUCAAUUUUUCCAGUCAGCUUUUCAUAAUGUAAAUAUAGUUUGAGCUUACCCCAAUGGGCAGCUAAACCAUGAACACGCAGAAAAACCCAUUUUGGACUGUAUUUCUGAACGAGGCUUCACCUUCCAUCUCGGGAACUUAUUAAAGGAUUACAGCUGAAAAAGACAAAAGAAAGAAAACUUUGACCAGGAACCUUAUCCUACAAUGAGAAUUGCAAGUACAUCUUGUAUCUGCCCAGUCCUAUUUUGUCUCUGUUUUGUGCAGAGGUGUUAUGGAGCUGCUCACCAUGGCUCCAUCAAGGUGACUAGAAAUCAAACCAAACACAUAGAAGGUGAAACAGAAGUGCAUCAUCGUCCCAAGCGUGGAUGGGUAUGGAAUCAGUUCUUUGUUUUAGAAGAACACAUGGGACCAGAUCCUCAGUAUGUAGGAAAGCUGCACUCCAAUUCUGACAAAGGUGAUGGAUCAGUCAAAUACAUUCUUACUGGAGAAGGGGCGGGAACUAUAUUUAUUAUUGAUGACACGACGGGAGACAUCCAUUCAACCAAAAGCCUAGAUCGAGAGCAGAAGACACACUAUGUGCUUCAUGCCCAAGCUAUUGACAGACGGACAAACAAGCCACUCGAGCCUGAAUCUGAAUUUAUUAUCAAAGUACAGGAUAUCAACGACAAUGCACCAAAAUUUACAGAUGGACCAUACAUUGUUACUGUGCCAGAGAUGUCUGAAAUGGGUACGUCUGUUCUACAGGUGACAGCCACAGAUGCAGAUGACCCUACAUAUGGAAACAGUGCCAGAGUAGUAUACAGUAUUCUUCAGGGACAGCCAUAUUUCUCUGUUGACCCUAAAACAGGAGUCAUCAGGACUGCCUUGCACAACAUGGACAGGGAAGCCAGAGAGCAUUAUUCCGUUGUCAUUCAAGCCAAAGAUAUGGCUGGGCAGGUCGGAGGGCUGUCAGGGUCAACAACUGUAAAUAUCACACUCACUGAUGUCAACGACAAUCCACCCAGGUUUCCUCAGAAACAUUAUCAACUCUAUGUUCCUGAAUCAGCUCAAGUUGGAUCAGCAGUUGGCAAAAUUAAAGCAAAUGAUGCAGACACUGGCUCAAAUGCAGACAUGAAGUACACAAUUAUAAAUGGUGAUGGUGCUGGAGUGUUCUCCAUAUCCACUGACAAAGAAACACGGGAAGGAAUUCUUUCUCUGAAGAAGCCACUCAACUAUGAAAAAAAGAAAUCCUAUACACUUAAUAUAGAAGGAGCAAAUACUCACCUUGAUUUCCGCUUUUCACACUUGGGACCAUUCAAAGACGUAACAAUGCUGAAGAUCAUAGUUGGCGAUGUGGAUGAACCUCCACUCUUCACAAUGCCUUCUUAUGUCAUGGAUGUUUAUGAAAAUGCGAAGAUCGGGACUGCAGUUGGCACAGUAACUGCACAAGAUCCUGACACUGCCAACAGUUUAGUGAGAUAUUUCAUUGAUCAUAACACAGAAGAAGAUAGGUAUUUCACCAUUGAUGCUAAUACUGGGACCAUUAAGACCGCCAAGAUCUUUGACAGAGAGGAAACACCUUGGUACAACAUCACAGUGGCUGCUUCUGAGAUAGACAGUCCUGGGCUAGUGAGCCAUGUUCCUGUUGGUGUUAGAAUCCUGGAUGUCAAUGACAACCCUCCAGAGCUCGCCAGAGAGUAUGACAUAGUUGUCUGUGAGAAUGCAAAGCCUGGUCAGGUAAUUCAGACUAUUACUGCAACUGACAAAGAUAACUCUGCAAAUGGUGCAAGAUUCCAUUUUUCUCUUGAUGAAGGGCCUUCUUUGAAUCCCAACUUUACUCUAAGGGACAAUGAAGAUAACACAGCCAGUAUCCUGACUAGAAGAAGGAAAUACAGUCGAACUACUCAAGAUAUCUAUUACCUCCCGGUUUUGAUUUCUGAUGGUGGAGUGCCCCCUCUCAGCAGCAGCAGUACUCUCACAAUUAGGGUUUGUGCUUGUGAGAGAGACGGACGAGUGAGAACUUGCCAUGCUGAAGCUUUUCUCUCCUCAGCUGGGUUGAGCACAGGAGCUUUAAUUGCAAUCCUGCUCUGUGUUGUCAUUCUUCUUGCAAUUGUGGUCCUUUUCAUCACCCUAAGACGUAGCAAGAAGGAGCCCUUGAUCAUUUCAGAAGAAGAUGUCCGAGAAAAUGUUGUGACAUACGAUGAUGAGGGCGGUGGGGAAGAAGACACAGAAGCAUUUGACAUCACAGCACUGCGUAAUCCAUCAGCUGCUGAGGAACUAAAAUAUCGGAGGGAUGUUCGUCCUGAAGUGAAGCCUGCGCCCAGGCAUCAUCCCUCUUCAAGCCUCGACCGUGUAGAUGUUCAGGAGUUCAUUAAACAAAGACUGGCAGAGGCUGAUUUGGACCCCAGUGUGCCCCCAUACGACUCCCUACAGACAUAUGCCUAUGAGGGUCAUAGAUCAGAAACUGGAUCUAUCAGCUCUCUGGAUUCAGUCACAACACACUCUGACCAGGAUUAUAAUUACCUUGGUGACUGGGGGCCUGAGUUCAAGAAGCUAGCUGAACUCUAUGGGCAAAUAGAAUCAGAAAGAACAACUUAGUUGUAAUUCCCAGAACAACUGGAGAUAGAACGACAGCAACAGUAACAACAAAUGAAUACAGUACUUGGAACUGAGCAAGUUGUACACAGUUACUGUAGAACAAGUGCCCUUUUCAUAUUUGAAACUGGGUUCUCCAACUGGAAGAAAGUCAAAUUUGAAAAAUACAGAAAAAAGAAGCUAUUGUCCCUUGUGUAUAUUUUUUAAUUGCUCAAUAAAGUCUGUGGUACCAUAUCUGUAACAGUACCUAAAGUAAAGCCAAGCAAUGACACUUUCAUUGCAAUGUGCUUAACAUCUCCAAGCUAUAGUAAGUUAUGGUCAUGCCUGUAUAGGAAGAUAGCUGAUGGAAGAGCGAAUUUCUUGCAGGUGGUUUUGAUGUUGCAUUUCUAGCUGUGCUCUAGGCCUUGUGAUCCCAGUGUGAGGUAGCCAGUGGGGUUUACUAUGAGUGUGAGAAGUUCUAAGAGUCAGUUUCCUUUAACAGAAGGGAUAAGCCACACCUGUCCUCUUAAAUAAAUGGUCCUUUGACAGUUUACUCUUACUGAAUUAGCAGGUUGCAUUGAGAUGUCAUUUAAUUAUGUCCUUCAUAAUCUUUUCAUCCCUAACCAGCUAACAGAGGGAGGGCAUCAUUAGCUGUCAGCACGAACAUGGCUCUAGCCCAUAACCCCAGAGCUGCUCUGUUACUGUGUGCUAGAGGAACUGUUGUUUCCAGUGUGUGUGCUUUUUCUUUUUGUCUUUUCAUGGGAACACCAUUCAUCUAAAUGGAAUGGAUCCGAAGUACUCUUUAUGCAGCAAAGCAGAUGAAGCAUAGGUCCUUUCAGUAAAAACAAUGGCAGCACCAUUAGAGUAUGCAGUUAUUUGGUUCACUGUGCUUCGCUUAUAUCAAUAGAUGAAGCUUUUGAAGUCUGAAUCCAGGAGCAACAACAGUCUGUUUAUGACACAGAGUUCUUAAUCAUAAUGUGUCUAUUUCUGUGUGUAACUAAAAGCACAAUAGAGCUGCUGGUAAGACACUGGAAUGGAGAAAAUUGAAAAAGUGAGAUUAAGAUGAUGAUGCUUUUUUCUUUUUAGUUCAAUUUAUGGAUAUUUCAUUUCUCUUGCAGUAUUUUCUAUCUAAGCAAUCUAAGCAGAGCAAGCCUUUUUUUUUUUUUUUUUUCUCCUUGUUUCAAGCAUCAUGGGAACAGAAACAUUUUAAGUCAGUGGAGGGUGAAAAAAAUAAAAUGUGUCAUUUGGGGGGUUCAUAUGGAUUAAAUAAAUUGAUCUCUCAUGUUAGUCAUUUUUUGAGAAUUGUAACUUGCUCCUUAAGCUGCUUAACACCUAGUUCAGCAGAUUUAUAUUUCCCUUUGUUUUGUUUGAAACUUCAGCCUUUUGUUUGUCUGUCUUGUGAUAAUACCAUGAGAGGACCAGGAGUCCAUAUCCUAUGAAGGAUUAUGACUGAUAAGAUUCACUAUCUAUUACAGCCUUUUGCUUUUAAGAUGAUUGUAGCUUUGCGUAUGGAAGUGGACUUUUAUAAUAUGUAUUUAAUAGAGAAACUGUUCAGGGCAGAAGCUGUGUACUAUUUUUCUACUCUGUGGGUUGGUGUGGAGAGUGACAUAUAUCUGAACACUGCACAAGAUUCCUCCCUAUGCAUUUCAGGUACCACUUAUCCUUCAGCUUGGAAGAGGAGGGAUUACUUAGAAUCAAAGAAUCACUUAGGUUGGAAAAGACCCGUAAGAUCAUCAAGUCCAGCCAUCCACCUACACUACCAAGUCUACCACUAACCCAUGUCCCUUACUGCCACAGACACGUGUCUCUUAAAUACCUCCAGGGAUGGUGAUCCCACCCCUUCCCUGGGCAGCCUACUCCAAUGCUUAACCAUUCUUUCUGAGAAGCAAUUCUUCUUGACACCUAAUUUAAAUCUCCCCUGAUGCAACUUGAGACUGUUUCCUCAUGUCCUGUCACCCGAGAAAAGGGACCGACAUCCUCCUUGCUGCAACUUCCUUUCAGGUAGUUGUAGAGAGCAAUGAGAUCACCCCUCAGCUUCCUUUUCUCAAGACUAAACAACCUCAGUUCCCUCAGCCUUGUUUUCUAAUACCUUCACCCACUUCAUUGAUCUUUGCUGAACGCAUUCAAUCUUCUUGCUCCUCCUAGCAGGGUCUGUAUUGCUGACCUACAGUGGGCCACACAGGUGAACACUUCCCUUCUUUACUGUAUGGAUGGGUAGCUCAUAGAUAUGACUGAAACUUUUGAUCAGUCCUACUUUAAUAAUUGUCAUUCCUUUUAAUAAACUCCCUCCCAAGAUAUUGUUGAUUUAUUUUGGUUUACACAGCCUUCUGGAAAAAUAAGCAAGUAGCUUUGAAAGAAGCUUUUCAAGCUCUAAAAAAUAUUGUUUGCUCUUACUUCCAGAAUUGUUUUUUAACUAUACUGUUUUCAUUGCAAUUUGAAAAUUAUACCUUUUCUGUCAACAUCCAAACUCACAAACCAGUUUAGAAGGGGGGGAAGCCCCAAACCCUAAAAUGUUCUGCUGAUGAUUUGAAAGUAGUUCCCUAAUCUCUGUUCAGAUUAUUGUUGUUGUUUUUUAAUUUUUACCAAAUACAGAAUCUUCUAAAAAAAAUAAAAAUACUGGAGAGAUUCUCAUUUUAGAGUACAAUUAAACUGAUGCUUUAAUGCAGUGAGAUUUAUAAUUGGGCUGAGAAUGAUUUAUGUAUUUUCUUUUUUGAGGAUAGAGUAAGGAUAUAUUUCAGUUUCGUCCCAAAUGAAGGAACUAGUAGUGCAAGAUUUUGUGAAGAUAUAUUUCCUUUUGAUUUAGAUCACACUUGCUUUAUGUCAACAUCUCAGUUUUUAUACUGUAUGAGUGGAGUGCUAAGAAGAAAAGUCUUUGAAUGUUAGUAGUACCAUGAGCCGUAAUAACUUGUACCACAUAUCCAUGAAAGCUGCAUUCAUUGUUAUAUUAUAGUUUUGAGAGCCAAGAGUUACUUAUCUUUAUGUCUGUUCCCUCUGGUCUUACACCAAAGCAAGGAAAAUCAACUGUGUUUUGUACUUUACGUGGUAUGUCAGUCAUUGUUUUCUCUUUAUUUGCAUCAUAGAACAUUUGGGCUUAAAAGCCAACAGGAGCUAAAUGCAGCGACAUCAACAAUCAACUCCUAAUGCUCAUGUUCUGAUUAAGUUAAUGAGGGAAGGAGGUCACAUCUCAGAGAAAUAUGAAUCCCCUUUUCACCAUUUCUGGUGCUCUCUUGCUGCUAUACAACAAGUGCAUUGUACCCACAGCCCCAGGAAUUCAGAACCAUUUAAAAUUCUGCAGGGUUAUUGAGACUCUGCUUCAGUUAUUCUGCGGUGUGUCCUGUUUGGUAUGUCCUAUCCAUGGUGAUCACCAAAUGUGCUUUUCUGUCAUGAUACGUCUGCAUGCUUGCUAUGCUUACUGUUUUUUACUCCAAUGCACAUCACAGUGCCGUGUUGUGUGCAUGACAAAUAGCAGAAUAUUAAAUCUUCAGGGCCACAGAAGAAGGUCUCAUGAUGCAGAAAGAACAGGUUUGCAGAUUUCUUUCCCUGAUCCCACGGAAUUUUCCUUUGGUACUUGGUGUCCUAUGAACAAAUUUAAACUAUAUUUGAGAAUUUCUAUGUUCACAUCGAUUAAACUGAAAGAAAACUAACACUGCAUGUCAUGGAAGGUACAGUCAUUUUGUAGCACUGCUGAUUUAAACAACGUGUAAAUUCGGUGGAAGUAUUGUGGGAAAAUCUUUCCUAGAUAAUAUUUAAGUCUGGUUGUUGCAUAAGUCUGGACUUUGCUUAAAGCUUUCAUGGACCUUUUGUAUAGCCAUAUUCUCAAAUGUGUUCCAAUUAUCCUGAAUAGUAAUUCUGUUGCUGCUGAACAACUAAAUGCUGAAAACUGCCAGUUUUACUUAAGCUGGAAGAUACAGAGUAAAGUUAGAUGGCACAUGGAAAGGGAUGCUUAAGACAUUUCUGAUUUAGAUUUUAUUUCUGCAACAGCUAUUCAAAUAAUUGUGUGUUUACACCCAAUUAAUUAGUCGCUUUACUUUAAACAAACCCUCUUUCUUGUAAUGGUGGGAGCACUCAGUAUGCUGUAAUCUUGAUGUGUCAUCUGAGAAAAUGUUAUCUAUAAGUAUGAGAUGUAAAAUAUAUGCUGUCAACCUAAAACAGUAAAAAAUGUAAUUUAAUACACUUUAAAGAAAAGGAAGUGUUGGAAUUCAACAGGUUUUGGAUUAAUACAUUGUAAACAAUUUGUUUAUGAGUGUUGCCAUGUUUCAUACACAUAGAACACUAUAAAAGUUGAAAGUCAUUUCACUCUUAUGCACUUUAUUUUUUGCAUUUCUUUGUAGAAAAUCAAAAUAAUUGUAAACAUUUUUGUUUUCAAAUUCUAAUUCUAAUUGAUGCGGUUGUUUUAGUUGCAAAUACUGCAAGAAAAUGUCUGUGUGAAAAUAUUCUCACUGGUAUUUAAAAGAAAUUGCAAAAUUUCUAUGCUCUAAUCCUUUGUCAAAUCAUCCUUUAGAAAAAAAAUAAUAAUAAUUAAAAAUAUAUAUAUAUAUGUAUAAAUAUUGGACCAGUCUGGAGUUAACCAAACUUACAGACUCACACAAAGGAAAUGUUCUAUAUACAGAGGAGAAUAUGCAAUUAUGCUGCCUAGGGUAACUUUGUGGAUUAUAAAGUGCUAAGACCUUGUACUUGCAGUAUAUAUAAAUGGCACAGUGCAUUCUAAGGAACAUUAGGAGUGUGUUGCAAGUAUUGGGCCAUCCUUAUUUUUCCAAAGUCUCCAAAAAUAUAUAUAUAUUUUUUAACAAAAGAGUAAUGUAAAGUAUACCUCCUUAUGCAAGUGUUACUGAUAGAAAUUGUUACAUUUUCUUUUAAUAAACAAA